CAGGACAGGACAGGACAGGACAGGGGGCCUCAGCGCUCCCUGCACACAUAACGGAGCUCUAUGAUGGAAGAUGGAGUGGAAAGGGACACAGACAAGCCCGGGGGAGCCGAGUCUCUGGGGAAGGAGGGCUGGGUGAAAAAAUGCUCUGGGAAGUUCCUGCAAAGCUACAAGACCUGCUACAUCCGUGUGGAGAAGUCUGAGAUAGCGGUCUAUGAAAAUGAGGUAAACGCGAGCUCACAGAAGUGCAUAGAGAAACUGGACCUAGGAAACUAUGAUAAGUGCCUUGAGUUAAAGAGUGCCUUCAAGAAGAAAAACAGGCUGGUAUUAAUACGAGCCCCCAAGUGUGGGAAUAAGAUCCAUGAUGUCAAGCUGCAAACUCAAAAUCCUGAAGAGAGAGAUGCUUGGAUCAAAGCCCUUAGUGAUGCCAUCCAGAGGGCAAAAAAUACAGUCUUUGAUGAGAUAAAGGUGGAUGAAAGUUGCUCUUUAGAACACAUCACACGCACAAGGCCAAAGGGAAACCAGCACAGAAGACCACCAACUAGGAUUCAUCUGAAGGAAGCUGCUAAUAUUUCAUCAGAUGGGAAUGUAAGAUUCGACUUUGAUGCUGUUGAUACACCAAGUAUGACCCAUGAGGUGAAUACUCAUAUUAGCACUUCAUGUCAAACUGUGAAACCCCCCAUGCCACCACUGAAAAGCACUGAGAGCACAAUGGAAGCCCCUAAUGCGGAGGCCAGUUCUGAGCAGAAGGUUGUAAAACCUCCAUUGCCUCCGUCCUCCCAGAACAAGCCCAGGCUUCUCUCUAUAGAGGAUCCACAACAUGACAUUACGCCUGAUAAUGAAGAAGAAUCCAGAAACCACAUAUCUGUGACACCAUCCAUGCCUACUAAAAACUUAAAGCCACCUAUGCCUCCCUGCAAAGAAAAGAAGCCUAACAGAGCACCAGAAGAAAGCAUAAAUAUUUACUCUGAAGACAAGAAUGGUGAAGAUGAUGAAGACUUGCCAAUACACAUGCUGAAAAACAGUGACAUGGUAGAAAUGAUUAUCAAAGAAGAUUUCCCUCCAAUUCUACCUGAAAAACCCAUCAAGACCCCAGAAAAUAAAGAUGAUUCCCCCAAUGUAUUAAAGCCUGUCCUGGAAGGAAAAGAAUCUAUUCCCAACAACAUUACAGCUGAGGUGAAAGGUAACACCAUACCUCCCAUCAUAUCCAAUGGUGAAACUGAAAACUCUACAUCACCAUUUUCAGCAUUUCCAGAAUCAUUUCCAGAACCUGUCAAUAAAAUCACUGGACGAAUUGCUCCUCCCAAUAAAAGGCAACCAAAGCGCUUUCUGAAAGCGGCUGUUGCCAAUCAGGGCGGACCUUCUGAUGUUGCUUCUUCCACUGAAAUCAAAACCAUUGAUACUUCUGAUGCCUGUGUUUCUGACGUACCACAUGUUCUUCCCAGGAAUCAAAAUCCAGCUAAACCUCAACAAGACUUAAUGCAAUCUAUUGCGCAAAAAGGAACAGGUUUUAUUUCUUGUGCUGACAAAGACAAGAACACAGUGCUAUCAAAGGGAACAGAAAAUGUGGAAGUGAAGGCUGGUAACAAUGACCAAGACCUUGAUAAACAAUUUAAAACUGACAAAGUAACCAAAGGUCAAGCCCCUCAAAUGAGUGCCGGUCAGCCAGUCAAUGAGGAUGUCAGUGUCAAUAAUACAGAGACAUCUGACAGUGAGGCCCAGACUAGGGAAAUAAAUCAACCCACUAUUUUGGUUAACCAAGACAAGAACCACAAAGACAAGGAAAUCCAGAUUCUGCAGCAGAAUCAAGGAAAAUGCAGCAUGGAUCCUUCCCUGCCUCUUCAACUUCUCAAUUUCUCUUCAAAAGAAAAAUGUGUUUCUAUGGGAGACCUGCUGUCUGGGUCCUUGGUAGAAAGUGUGGAGCUAUCUGUUGAGGAACCCUCUGUAAUGUGGCCAUGGACUGUCAUUGGCGAGCUGCAGGACAAGGUGACCCUGGAGCUAGAAAAUACGGAAAAGCUUCUGAAUACAAUGACUUCCAAAGAGGGUCAGACAGCUGAGGAGGCAGUGCAAGGGGAGCCCUUAAAAGAUCCCUCUCCAGCUGAGGUUCUCACCAUGGCAGUAGAGAAGCUAAGGAGAGCAGAUGAGUUCUUGAGAGAGGCAAAGAGUCUCACCCUGGAGAAGAGGAAGAAAAGAACAAGUUGGUAAAAUGAUGUAUUGAAAUAAAUAGUGAAAUUUGUAGCCUCAAAAUAGUUAGUGGACAGGAGCAUUUUCUUACAGCACUGCUUUUGAAGAGACACAAACAUUUGCUAAAAAUAUGUAAUAUAUGCAAGUAUUCACAAUUAAGUGCAAUUAUUUCUAAUGAAAAAAAACUUUAAUGUAUCCUGCUGUUACACCCAUCACAUUUUAAUAAUAACUGCCUAAAUACAGUUGAUGUUUAGUGUGACAUGCUGAUUUGAAUCAAUUUCAUUUGAUUGUUAAUUUAA